GGCAGCACCAUGGAGCGGGCGGGCUGGAGGGGCUUCUGCCUGUCGCUGUUCGACUACAAGACCAUAAAGUACGUCGUCGCCAAGAACAAGAAGGUGGGCCUGCUCCACCGGACGCUGCAGAUCUCCAUCCUGGCCUACCUGGUCCUAUGGGUGUUCCUGGUUAAGAAGGGCUACCAAGAUGUCGACACCUCCCUGCAGAGUGCCGUCGUCACCAAAGUCAAGGGCGUGGCCUUCACCAAUACCUCGGAGCUCGGAGAGCGGCUCUGGGAUGUCUCUGACUACGUCAUCCCAUCCCAGGGAGAGAAUGUCUUCUUCGUGAUUACCAACCUGAUCGUGACCCCCAACCAGCGGCAAGACACCUGUGCUGAGAGAGAAGACAUUCCUGACAGCACAUGCUCCAAGGACAGUGACUGCUACCCUGGCCAGGCUAUUGCCACUGGGCACGGAGUGAAGACUGGCCGCUGCCUGCUGGAGGGGAACUCAGCCACGGGUACCUGUGAGAUCUUCGCCUGGUGCCCAGUGGAGAGCGGGGUCAGGCCGGAGAAGCCACUCCUGAAGGAGGCUGAAGAGUUCACCAUUUACAUAAAGAACUACAUUCGUUUCCCCAAAUUCAACUUCUCCAAGAGCAAUGUGCCCAAUGUCAAGGACAAACAGUUCCUGAAAUCCUGUCGCUUUAGCCCCAAGAACAACUGCCCCGUCUUCCGCCUGGGGUCGGUGGUCCGCUGGGCAGGGAGCAGCUUCCAGGACAUAGCCGUAGAGGGCGGUGUGAUAGGAAUUCAAAUCGAAUGGAACUGUGAUCUUGAUAAAGCCGCCUCCGUGUGCACGCCGCAGUAUUCUUUUAGCCGUCUGGACAAUAGAAUGGUAAAGUCGGUCUCCUCCGGGUACAAUUUCAGGUUUGCCAAAUAUUACCGAGAUGCAGCUGGGGUGGAGUUCCGCACCCUGAUCAAGGCCUAUGGGAUUCGAUUCGAUGUGAUAGUGAACGGCAAGGCAGGGAAGUUCAGCAUCAUUCCCACCAUCAUCAAUGUGGGCUCCGGGCUGGCGCUCAUGGGUGUUGGGAGUUUCUUCUGUGACCUGAUGCUCAUCUAUUUCAUCAAAAAGCGCGAGUUUUAUCGUAACAAGAAGUUCGAGGAAGUGAGGGUCAAAGAGAGCAGGGACCUGGAGGCCAAAGACAAGGACGAGGAGGAGGAGGAGGAC